CCCUUCAACGCAUCCCGCUGUCUGUCUUUUUAGGGGAUGUCCGGAUUGAAUGACUAGGUUCCAAGAUUGCGAGACAACUGGAGUUCGCAAAUCUAUGGAAAAGGCAUCUUUAAAGCCAUGAUAUAACCCUAGUCUAAUACUUUACGCGUGAACAUUUCCGAUUUCUGUCAUUCCUUCGUUCGACGUACGUACUUACGAAAUCUAUGUUGGCACGCGUGGCCUCCCCAUACUGUACCUCGUUACUACCGGGUGGUCAACACGCAAUCCUUUAGCGCUUCGACGAUCUUUUGAUUUUUUACCUACUUAAUUGUACAUAUAUUUGUAAACUUCCCUAUCUCAUCUUCGAUCCCAAGCACCCAAAAUGCCGAAUCGUGGUGGGAUGCUUGGGUUGCGACUAGCCCCACGGCGAGUUACUUUGCUCCUCGUCCUUGUUGGCAUAUUCGCGUUGUUCACCCUCCUUUUUACACUUCCCAAUGCUAUACCGACGGGACCAAGCCUAUCAAAAUCGAUCGCCGACCAUAAGUUCUCAUCGAGCAUAUUGAACCCCUUUCGUCCUGCUUCGCAUAAGCCACCAGAGCAGAAAAAUUCAACAUAUGGAGGAAGUUCUUGGUAUUCGAAUUGGAAUUGGAGAAGUCCAUUCUCUUCGUCUAUUACACUUGAUGAGAAUCGCGCUCUACUCCCGCCUUUAAAGGAUAGGGCUCCUGUUUACUGUUAUUAUGACACCACACUGCAACGAGACGAAGCUACGAAGGAAGCCGAGAGCGCGCUACUACUUACAUGGAGACGUGCUUGGUGGGCUCAGGGGUUCAAACCUGUUAUUCUUAGUGCGGCAGAAGCUAUGAACAACCCUCUCUAUGACGAACUUCAGAGAUUAGAUGUGGAACCUGGGUUCAAGAAAGACAUGAUGCGCUGGCUAGCAUGGGAAAAUAUGGGUGGUGGACUUUUGGCACACCAUUUAUUAUUCCCGAUGGCUUCUUACGAAGUCCCACUGCUCUCUUUCUUGCGAAGAGGAGAAUACCCCGGCCUUACGAGAUGGGAAGGCUUUGAUAAUGCUCUUUUUGCUGGUCCUAAGGUUCAGAUCGCAGAUGCUAUCGUUCACGCUCUCCGAAACCCCAAGAAUAAAACGGUCAAGGACUUCAUCUCUGCUGUUUCUAGUGAGACCUUCCUCGUUGACCCGUCGCACACUUCUCUCGCAUUCUACGAUGCCAAAACCGUCGAAAAGAAUUACCAAAAAGUCGCCGAGGAAACAGCAGCGAACCGCGAGAAAGGCAUCAAAAGUCUCAACCUCCUAAUUAAUUCACAUCUGCAUAAUACGUGGCAAGAUAUUUUCUCCAACGGAAUCGCCGUCCUCAAGCCCAUGCCAGCUCAUACAACGCAUAUGGUUAAGCCAGCUUUAGAAUUGGCGACACUACUCGCGACUUGUAGUGAAAGUCCGGUACCAUCAUCGUGUCCGCCGAACAUCCCUAAAUGUUCACCAUGUGUUGCAUCACACCCAAUGAAAAUUUCGACUCCAUCGCGCUACCGAAACACCACCGGCCUAUACACUAUCGGAACCGUACCCCAUCCAUAUACUCUGCGCACGCUAGACUCCUCUAAAGACACUUUAGAUAUCGCCUACAUCAGACGGGAGAUAAAGAAGCGUGACGAGUGGCUGUAUCUCAUCUUCCAGGAGCUCCUCGGCACGGGGAUAUCCGGCUCGAUGCGCGUCGUAAAGUUCAAGGACGCUGUGGCUGGGGAAUACGCAACCUCGCAUACGCUCUGGCUAACGGCGGAGAAGGAGUCCGUGCCCGAUGACUUAGACUGGUGGUUCGGUUUCGAUAUCCCGACCAACGGGACCGACGAUGGCAAGUCUGAGACUCCUGUCCCCGGCCCCGAGCGCAGGCCCAAGCCCACGCAUGACCCCGCCGACGGACCGGUCCCGACAAUAGAUGAUUUAGCGCACGAACCGCACCUUUUAGAACGUGCUAGAGAGAUUGCUAAGAGCAAGCUCGAGCCGGACGUGCGCAUUCGUAGCGCGAUAGAGGCCUGGAAUCUGGCGGAUACAGAAGCAUGGCGGUUUGCGAGAGCGUUCCUGGCGCGCGCGAGGGUCGAGAGGAUGAAGUGGGAGGAGGAAGAGAGCAGAUAUGCCGAAGGUGUGGGUAGCGAUGCCGGUAGCAGAUCCAGGAGCAGCUGGUUACGGUGGGGAGACGAGAAAGAGACACAGAGUUGAGGUCGAGGAGCAGAGUUUCAAGUUUCAAGUUUCUAGAGAAAGUGUGGAUAGGAGAUCAAUGACAUGUACGGAUGACAACGGACGUUUAUUUAAAGCCUUAAGCUCAUCGUUUGCGGUUUUGAUGCUCACGGAAGCACGGCGUUUGCGCGUUAUGGAUUUUGUUAGACUUGGUAGAGGUAGAGUGUGUGGUAGAUUCUGUAUUCAGGUCCUGCUGCUUGACGCAGGUGUAU